AUGUCACCUAAAGACAAAGAUCAAUCGCCUCUGGCACCGGUCGACGCGCGCACCAUUUCGGCUUCUGAAGAAGAGAAGGAUUCGCCGUGGAUGGUCCGGAAACUGGCGGGGUCUUUGACCGGUCGUGUCGUCACUAGUACGCUUGAAUCACUGCGAGCAAGUGGCACGAACGUUAUCUGUUUAUCACCGUGGGGAGACAACUCUCCCGUCCUGAUCCCAUGUAUCCGGUUCCGAGACUUGGUAGUUUCUGGUGUUGUCGCGGCGACGGGAGGGACCGCCGCUAUCGCAGGACCCGCGCUUGAACCUUUGGCAUCGUUGGCUGGCGAGGGCAUGAUGGGCGGGGGCUCGACGUUGCUUGAGCUCGCUGGGCAAGCGGGAUUCGAGCUAGCGACGAACCUGGCCGACGACAAAGUAUUUGAAGAUCCUAUCGCGGCAGUGACCAGGCAUGAGAAAGUGCUGGUGACGUCGGCUGUGAAAGAUCUGCUUAUCACGCUUGAGCACAAGCAUACUACCGGAGAUGCAGCUCUUGGCUUCUUCCGCAGUAGUUUGCAUGAAGACUCGUCGUUGUUCGCCGAGUCAAAUGCGAAGUGGAAAGACUAUCUGGCGGUAUCAAAGGGAUGGAUGAACCCGUACUUAUUCGCGAGCGCUCGUCGGCCGGUCAUCCCACGGUCGAUGAAUCCCGACAUUAUAUUUGCCCACGGCCCCUUCCUACGUGGAGAUUACAAGAUCGGACAAACUCUGUUGAAUCACUCCGCCUCUGCGAUUAUCUUCGAGGGAACAGCAUUCACCCGGGUCGCGGGCACCGACACCACUGACAAUGAGCGCGCCGAUACGGCCCAAGAGCAGGCUGGGAAGAACGGCAAUGACACCGAAGAUGACGGGCGCUCGAAGUUCCUUGGCGUCAACGUACCCAAACUACCAACAACAGGAGAUGUCAAGGGUGCGCUCAAACGCGCUCGAACACCACCACCACCGUCUGCUGCCAGCUCGAAAGAGCCCGAGCCGCGAAGGUUGGUGGUCUGUGUUGUUGGGAUCAAGCCUCAUCGAAAGAUCUGGUCAACAAGCGCCCGCCCGGAGGAGAGCGUGAUGUAUUACCAGCUGCUCAACGGCUGCCCGUCCAUCGCGCUUCCGGUGCAGGAAGGAGCGCCGCUCUUUGCCUGGGACACCUUUACGCUCUCGCAGCUUUGGAACGUCAAGCUUCCGGAGAAUCGUACUGACGAGGAAGGGCUGCACGAGUUCGAAGGCGUGGUCAGCGUCCUGACUGAGUUCUUGGAACUUUGUGUCGACUGGAAGCGCAUGAACCGACCAAAGUUCAUGACCAAAGCGCAGGCAUCCGCAGAGGAGGCCUCCUCACACGCGAAGAAAGAGAAGGGUCAUCACAUCAAAGAGAAGGAAGCGCGUACGGAACUGCGGAAGGCUGUCGAAUUGCUUGUCGCUGGGGCUAUCAAGAGUGGUGAGAGCUCAGAGGCGCGGAAGAAGGUGGACAAAGACCGUGCGGGGAUCGCGAUGUGGCGCAUCCCUUGA